ACUGGUUAGGCGACCCAAGGUGGAACAAACCUUGGACAUCUUUUACUGUUAAAGUUCAUAUUUAAACGGCAUCAUUGAGAGACAUAACAUUGGCUACAUUACUGAAGGCAAUCCAAGCCUCCAUACAAACCGUGUGCUAUGUGGAUCAUUUAUGUGCUUUAAAGAAACCCGGGAUAGGCUACAUCGACUGCAAUAUAUUUGAUCUAAAUACUUUUUGGCAAAACGAGUCUCGAAAACCAAGGAAUUAAAAUGAUAUUCGCCAACACUGCCAACCCAAUGAGGACCCCGUACCGUAAGCAGCCUGCUGCUAUGACGACUGCCCACCCUAUGGCUCCACCCAGCCCCAGCACCAAUGGCACCACCAACAGCAACGGCAACAGCAGCAGCAGCAGCAGCACCACUGGAUGGGAGCAGCUCAGCAAGACCAACCUAUACAUCCGUGGCCUUCCACCGUCCACCACAGACCACGACCUGGUCAAGCUCUGUCAGCCGUACGGCAAAAUUGUGUCCACGAAAGCCAUCCUUGAUAAGACAACAAACAAAUGUAAAGGUUACGGGUUUGUAGACUUUGACAGUCCAGCAUCGGCACAGAAGGCUGUCUCAGCGCUGAAGACCAGUGGUGUCCAGGCACAGAUGGCAAAGCAGCAGGAGCAGGACCCCACCAACCUGUACCUGUCCAACCUACCUGUGUCUGUGGACGAGCACGAGCUGGAGAGCCUGCUCAAGCCCUUCGGCCACGUGGUGUCCACACGCAUCCUCAGAGACACACAUGGUGUCAGCCGUGGAGUGGGCUUUGCCAGGAUGGAGUCAACAGAGAAGUGCGACGCUGUCAUCUCCCAGCUCAACGGCAAGUUCAUCAAGACAGCAGGUCUCAUGGGUUCUUCUGAGCCGCUGCUCUGUAAGUUUGCAGAUGGAGGUCAGAAGAAGCGACAGAUUCAGGGAAAAUACACCCCCAACGGGAAAGUAUGGUCUCGGGAGGCUGAGGGGAGACUGAGCGGAAUGACCUUGACUUAUGACCCCACCACUGCCACCAUGCAGAAUGGGUACUACCCUCCUCCCUAUAAUAUGGGCAGCAGACUGGUGCCUCAGACGGCCGUGACUCCCUACAUUUCUCCCGUUUCCACAUACCAGGUGCAGAAUCCUCCCUGGAUGACCCAUCAGCCUUACAUCAUGCAGCACCCGGGAGGGGUUUUGUCGCCCUCUAUGGAGCACCCCAUGGCACUGCAGCACUCCUCCAUCAUGGCUCCUCUCACACAGCAGAUGGGGCAUCUGUCUCUGGGCAACACGGCAGCGUUCAUACCUGCCAGCGCUGGGAUGCAGGGCGGCUACAUCCCCCAGUACACACACAUUCAUGCCUCUGCCGUACCCGUGGAGGACAGUUCAACUCCCAUUGAAUCAUCCAGUGAUCAUUCAACGUACAGUUAUCAACCCAGCAAGUAGUAAUAAGGGAUCAGUGAUCAAGGUGUGGGAACAGAAGUAACAUUGUUUCCUCGGAAACAAACUAGCUUUCUCCAGGAGGAUGUGACAUCACAUCCACACCACAUUUUUUCCUGGAAAAAGUUUCAACUGAAGAUGGAAGUAACGUCAGCAAAACUCCUUUUGAACUUUUGGUGACUGCAACUCUUGCAGACUUGGAUUGACAAAGACAACUGGGGGCAAGUUUAUUUGCUGUUAAAAAGUGAAAUGAAAUGACAAGUGAUUCACAUCUUUUAUAUGGACAUAAUUGUGCUUACAGGGGCACAACCAUUCUUUUUUGUUUUGUUUUUAAAAAGUGUGACAGAAACACCCUGUGACCAGUGUGCUAGAGUGAAGAUGACAAGUUUUGAUGCUUUUCCUUAGCAAACCCCUCUCUUGAACUCUUUUUUUUUUUAAAUCGGUUUUAAAAUUAGUAAGAAAUGUGUGCUGCUGUUCCAAUGAAAUGAUAAAAAAAGAUAAGCAAACAAAAAUAGCUUAAAAAAGAUCCAAUCCCAGCUCUGUUGCUUUCCCUUGCUGUGGUUAUGGGGCUGAUGUUCGCAUGCAGUGAUUUGAGUGAAACUAAAAAAAAAAAAAGAAAAAAAAGAUAUCACCCAUGAACCUAGCUGGUUUUCUACUAGGAUGCACUGUGUGUGUGAGUGUGGGUGUGCGUGCGUGCGUGCACCAUGUGUUUGUGCACACGCGUGUUUGUGUUUGCGUGGCUAUGAGAGUGUGUUUGAAUAUUCUGCAGUUUGAGCUUCCUUCAAAUCUUUGCCUUCUAAGUCUGAUGUGAUGUUGUAGUUUUAGGCAAAAAGAGUUGUUGUCUGGGGACCGGGCUCUAAGGGUGU